UAAAAUUGAUUUAUGUACAAACAUAAUUACUAAAGCUCAUAAUGGAUUAAAAAUCAAAUACUUCGUAGUUAAACUAAAUUGGAACAUAAAGAUUGUCAAAUUUAUAUAAUUUGAUUCAAAAAAGGAUGGAAUUUAAUUUGAUCACAGGGUACCAAACAAAGAUGAGCAAAGCCAGCUGACCUUCCUCUCCGACUGGUUGAAUGCGCACAUUCAAGACUCCCAAUCCAUCCUCAAGAAGCCAUUGCUGAUCGCCGAGUUCGGGAAAUCAUGGAAAGAUCCCGGCUUCACCUCCGCCCAGAGGGACGCCCUCUUCACCGCCGUCUACCGCUCAAUAUACGCCUCCGCAAGGCGCGGCGGUGCGGCCGCCGGGAGUCUGUUCUGGCAGCUCAUGACCGACGGGAUGGAGAAUCUCAGCGACGGCUACGAGAUAGUUCUGGGACAGAGCAGUUCCACCACAGAUCUGAUAUCUCAGCAGUGCCGCAAACUGGAUAGGUUGAAAGGAACCAACAGGGGAAAGAAAACUGGAAACCGAUA